AUGCAUCAAGGUCGUGUAAAAAUUUGUUGUGCUUUGGAUCAUUAUUAUGUCCUCAUGGUUUACGUGUCAUAUGAUCUAAUUGUGUUCUAUCGUAGCGUUCUCAUUUCUCCCUUCUCAAUAUUCCAGGUCAAAUAUGGUGACACACUUAAGAGGUUCAAUGGUUAUGUCAACGGAACGCACUUCACUUUGAAUCUGUCUGCUCUCCGUUCCAAAAUUGCAAGUGCUUUUAAGUUUGCCCCUGAUGCUGACUUCAUUCUCACUUACACUGAUGAGGAUGGGGAUGUUGUUAUGCUGGAUGAUGACGAGGACUUGCAUGAUGCAGCUAUCCAUCAGAAAUUGAACCCUCUAAGGAUUAAUGUUCAGUUAAAGAAUAGCCACGCUGGGGCAUCUCACAUUAACCGGCAGGAUUCAAGCCCUAAACCUCUUGAGGCCACCACUCAGGAUCCGAUAGCUCAGAUCAAAUCUGUUAUUGAUGAAGCUUUAAAGCCCAUAUCAGAACCUUUGAGAUCCACUGCAAGGGAAGAUCCACUAGCUCACUUAAAAUCAGCUCUUGAUGAAGCUAUGAAGUCUAUCCAUGAGCCAGUUCCUGAAUCCCUUGCAAAACUGUCACGUGAAGUACUUGAUGCAGCACCACCACAAUUAACUGAUCUGAUAAAACCUUUCGUGAACUUGAUCACAUCAACCAACAGUAGCCAAUCUGCUGGGCAUGCUGAGAGUUCACCUGGCUCCUCCAGGGGUGUGCAGCAAGCACGGGUUGAUCUCAAAGCUGAUGGUCAGCCUAAAGUUGAGGCAAGUUUGGGUUCACGACCUUUGAAUGAACGAAACCCUGUAUCAUCUGAGACAGGAGGUCUUAAGAGUGUGUUGGUUGAAGUUCCCGCUGCAGUCAUCACUGAAGCCUCUCAAGGCCACCAAGGAUCGUUAUAUCCUUCUGUUGAGGAUUUGCUGUACACCUCCAAUUCCGGUGGUAACAGUUCUGGUUGCAAGGAUAUGACUGAUGCUCAAAGUAAGGGGAAGUCUGUCAUGCCCUCUGCUGAACCACUCGCUCGUAACACUGUUCCCAGUUUUCGUCCAAGUCAUCCAAAUGCAUCUGGAAAUGAAUGGUUCCAGACACGAAGAUCGGUGGAUGGAUGGUCCCAGCCGAGAUCCAUUUGGCAACCUGAAACUAAUGUCAAACCAGCUAGUGAUCCUGGAUGGCGUGUUCCAAUGUAUAAAGCGCCUCACCCAUCCCCACCAGUUCCCCAUGCACCCUUGGGCUAUGGACAUUCUCCACAAUUUCCUUACCCUGGCCGUCUGCUAUCUGCUGGGCGUCUGUAUGGGAAUCUUGGUAAUAACAGUGAGAGGUCACCACGAAUUUCACAUAGGUGGAUUCAGUGUGAUGGUUGUGGAGUUCAACCAAUUGUUGGGCCACGCUACAAGUCUAAUGUGAAAGAAGAUUAUGAUCUGUGUGAUACCUGCUUCUGUCGUAUGGGCAGUGAGGUUGAGUACACAAGAAUAGACAAGCCGAUCCUGCCACACAAGUUAUCUCGGGACCCUAAUUUGUGCCGGAAAAUCCAUUCACGUGCUCCAAUGAAGUCAAAGCGUGAGAAGCUCGAAAGCCGCUUCAUUUUGGAUGUAACGGUGCUGGAUGGCACACUUAUGUCACCUUCAAGCCCGUUCACUAAGAUUUGGCGCAUGCACAACAAUGGGUCUAUCAUGUGGCCCUUGGGCACACAGCUAAUUUGGGUGGGUGGAGAUCAAUUUGCACUGCAGACCUCUGUCCCACUAGAGAUUCCAUUGAAUGGAUUUCCGGUGGAUCAAGAGAUGGAUGUUGCUGUUGAUUUUGUGGCACCUGCAAGGCCUGGGAGGUAUAUAUCUUACUGGAGACUGGCAUCACCUUCUGGUCAAAAAUUUGGUCAGCGAGUUUGGGUUCAUAUCCAGGUGGAAGAUCCAUCUUUUGUCAGUGACAACAAGACUGCUGCUGUUAACUUGAAUCAGCCUCAGGAAAGCAACAUCACAAACACAAGUAGUCUGCCUCAGGAAAGCAACAUGACAAACACAAGUAAUUUGAUUGAUGUCAACAUGGAGCCUGCUAACCAAGUCCUAGAUGAACAUGUCAACGGCACUAGAAUGGAACUGCUGGAGCCUUCGAUAUACCGUGAAGCUGCUGAGCCCAAGAAAUCCCCCUCAGCAUUUUCAGCAGCUCCUCCAUACCCCAUGGUCGAUGUUCCGUCAUCCAGUGAAAAUGCAGCUGCUUUUGUGCCAAGUGUUACUGUACUUGCACCUGAAGUCAUUCCGAGACCUGCUGUGACUACACCUGCUGAUGUGCCCACAAGUUCGCUUACUAGUAUCCCUGUGGAUCUACCUGUAGCUGCAACCACACCUGUGGAUGUAGCAUCUGCGCCGCUUGACAUCGACAGUCUUACAGAAGAGAAACUGCUGCAGGAGCUGGAGGAAAUGGGCUUUAAGCAGGUUGAUCUGAACAAGGAGAUACUGAGGCAGAAUAAAUACAACCUGGAGCAGUCCGUGGAUGAUCUGUGUGGUGUCAAUGAAUGGGACCCUCUGCUGGCGGAACUGAAUGAAAUGGGAUUUGAUGACAGGGAGACGAACAAGGAGCUGCUUGCCAAGAAUGGAGGAAGCAUCAAACGAGCUGUGAUGGACCUCAUCGCCAGGGAGAAGAAGGACAAGUGA